GAAACAUUAUUUGGUCGUGGGGAAGGUUUUCCAGGGGCGGUGAGGAGUUUCACUUUACCACUAAACCCACGACGAUACCCCACUCCCCGCAGCCGCCGGCGUAACAUUAGGGCCGGGGUUUUUGCCUUCAGUAUUCACAUUUGACAAUCACUGCAAACCUCAACUCUCAGCAGCAGCAGCAAUGGCGUCGCCGCAAUCUUCACUCGACCAACUCCCGCCAUCGUCUCCCCAACAAGCCCCUAACCCUACACCCGCUCCAAUCUCCGCCGCCGCCGAGGAAACCUUUCCUGAAACCGCCGAGAAAACCGUCGAUCCUUCGCCAGAAGCCGACUCCAGCGGCGCCAAGCGCAAGCGAGACGAAGAAAACCCAGAACCUGAGACGAAACCCGACCCGUCAUCCCAACCCUGGUACAAAACCUCCCUCUGUUCCUACUUCAGGCGGAACUCGGGCUCCUGCGCCCACGGCAGCACUUGCCGGUACGCUCACAGCGAGGGAGAGCUCCGUCCGCGGCCUGAUAAUUCCUGGGACCCGACCUCCGAGCGCGCCAAGAAGGCGUUGAAAUUGGACAAGGAAGGCGAUGAUGCGGGGAAGGAAGAGGAGGAGGAGGAUGAGAAAGAGAAAGAGGAUGAAAUCAUGAUGACUGAUAUGAUUGCUGAUGAAGGCGAUGCCAAUGGAGGUUGUUUGGAUGUCGAGCUGAGCAAAUGCCUCGUGCAUUUGCCUAGGAGGUGGACCACUGAUAACUUGAAGAAGUUUCUCAGUGAAAGUGGCGUUUCGUUCAAAUUGGCGAAGAAGAAGAAAGGCAUGACUGUCGGGUUUGUGACUUUCGAGAAUCUGGAGCAACUGGCAGCUGCAGUGCCGGAGUUAGAGGAGAAAUCUGUUGGCAACAAGAAGAUAAAGGUAGCGAAUGUCCUCCCUCGAUCGUACGACAAGAACAUUAAGACUGCGAUGGAUGAGGGAGAGAAUGCUGCUGUGUCUAAAUCUUCAGAUGGUACUGCUACAGUGGAUGGUGAAAGUUUGGGUGCGGACGAUGGUUCAAACUCCAAAGCGAAAUGUGCUCGUGAUGCUGUGACUCCCCUUGCUCAUAUAUCUUAUGGAGACCAGUUGGAGCAGAAGAAGAAGUCUGUUGCUCAGAUGUUGAUAAAGCUUACUAGAAACACACGAAAAGCAUGUCCUACUGGGGUUUCUCUACCUGAAUGGAUUUUGAAAGCAAGGGAAAUAGGUAAUCUCCCAUGCAAACUAGAGGGCAUACUUGAGUCACCACUGGUCAAUGGAUAUCGGAACAAGUGCGAGUUCUCAGUGGGGCAUUCUCUUGGAGGAAAACCUACUGUAGGGUUUAUGCUGGGAAAUUUCAGGGCGGGUGUGACAGCAGUAGACGAACCAGUGGAUUGCCCAAACGUUUCUAGUAUUGCUUUAAAGUAUGCUUUGAUCUUUCAAGAGUUCUUGCAACAGUCGAGUUUGCCUAUGUGGAACAGAUUUAAGAACACUGGUUUCUGGCGUCAGCUCACUGUCCGAGAAGGUAGACUACCAGGAAAGCCAACUGAUACCGAACACCCAGAGGCAAACAUAUCGGAGGUUAUGCUUAUGGUUCAGGUAUCCACUAAGGGUUUCGAUGAUGCAAUCGUAACCAGUGAGCUUGAGAGAUUGACACUUUCAUUUACCAAUGGAGCUGCAGCAAAUUCUCCUCCUUUGCCUUUAACAGCUUUGGUUCUUCAGGAUCAUCAAGGAAUAUCAAAUGUUGCACCAUCUGAUGCCCCACUGCGAAUGCUGCAUUCUACUAAUGCAGAAAAUGGUACUUCGGCGGUCGACAAGGCUGAUAAUACUGCAGAACCCAGAAUUCAUGACUAUAUAAGCAACCUUCGGUUCUCUAUAUCACCAACUGCAUUUUUCCAGGUCAACACCCUUGCUGCAGAGAAACUAUACGCACUUGCUGGCGAUUGGGCAGAUUUGGGUCCAGACACACUGUUAUUUGAUGUAUGCUGUGGUACCGGAACCAUUGGCCUAACUUUAGCACACCGUGUUGGCAUGGUUGUUGGGAUUGAGAUGAAUGCUUCAGCCGUUUCAGAUGCUAAUCGAAAUGCUGAACUCAACGGCAUAAAGAACUGUAGAUUCGUUGCUGGGAAGGCAGAACAUGUCAUUGGUUCUCUGUUACAAGAAUACCUGAUUGUGCCCGAGAAGAAAGAAGAUGAAUUACCAAAUUCUUCUGAAACAAUUGACAAAGCCGUUGCUACUUCUGAUGGGAACGAGGGUGAUGUUGAUGAGAAGAAUCCCAGAGUCGAGCUUGUUGACAGUGUAGAUGCUACUAAGGAUUCAGAAAAUGGUAUAGAAGUUGAAGGCCAACCUCAGAGCAGUUGCUCUGCAGUAGAAGAUGGGACCUCCUCUUCAACUAAGCAAUUCAAAAACGUUGUUGCCAUUGUUGAUCCUCCUCGCAACGGGCUCCAUCCAAUUGUUAUCAAAGCACUGAGGACUCAUUCCGGCCUGCGACGUCUCGUUUACAUUUCCUGCAAUCCCGAGACACUAGUGGCGAAUGCAAUCGAGCUGUGCACACCAUCCCCCGAGACAGUCGAGAAAGGGAAUAAGAACAACCGUGCCUGGAGGAACAUGAGCAGCGCAGGACUGGCACGCCACAGAGCCAAGUCGAUGCCCAUCUCCGAACCUUUUCGACCAGUUAAAGCCAUGGCUGUUGACCUCUUCCCUCACACUCCACACUGUGAACUGGCUGAAGACUCAAGUGGGAUAGUGGAAGAAGGCAACAGUCAUGGCAACUGGAAGAAGAGAAAUCUAUUUCUAGAGAUACCUUCAAGAACAAUGGAACCAACAACUCCACAAGGAGAUAGUGUAGUGAUUAAGAUGCCACCAACACCAAGCCAAACUCCCAGGAAGGUCAAUUUCAAUUUGACCCCUACUUCUGCUGAUCCAAGGGCAGCCACCACCAGUGGAUCCCCAGCUCCCACUCCAUCCAAGGGGAGGUCUUCUUUGAAGAGCUUGUUGCCUAAACUUAGCUUCAAGUCUCGAAUUGCCACGUUAAAUGCUGCUGAUAAGCCGCCGGCCCAUAAUCUUCUACCGGAACCUGCAACUCCACAGCAAGAUAGGCCCUCCAUCCCAAGGUCACUGUCACUCACUAAGCUUUUCACUCCUAGGAUGAAGAGGACAUCAUCACUCCCUGUGACACCCAUUGCGAAUUCUCAACCGCAUAGUGAAAGCGUUAGUGGCCCUCUCAAUCCAAGUAGAGAAGCUCCACCGCGAAAGAUCGCGCGAUCACUCUCGGUCCCUGUCAUCAACAAAGAAGGAAGCAUACGGAGAGUGGAUUCGUUCUUUCGUGUGGUCCCUACGACUCCUAGAGCAAAAGAAGUAGGAGAGAUACUAACAGCUCAUGCAUCUCCCCCAAGUGUUUCUGCUGAAACCAUUGAUGAUGAUGGAGAAGAUAUACCUGAAGAAGAAGCUGUUUGUAGAAUUUGUCUGGUGGAACUCUGUGAAGGAGGGGAGACACUUAAGAUGGAAUGCAGUUGCAAAGGUGAACUUGCUUUGGCACAUCAAGAAUGUGCAGUGAAAUGGUUUACCAUCAAAGGGAACAAGACUUGUGAUGUGUGCAAGCAAGAAGUACAGAAUUUGCCUGUUACCUUGUUACGAAUACAAAGCGUGCAUAAUGGGCUCGCUGGAUUUGGUAGAGGUGAACUAGCUGAUCCCAAUGGUUACAGGGUGUGGCAAGAAGUACCAGUGCUGGUGAUUGUUAGCAUGCUAGCCUACUUUUGUUUCCUGGAGCAGCUUCUGGUGGGGAAUAUGGGAACUGGUGCAAUUGCUCUAUCCCUUCCAUUUUCUUGUGUCUUGGGUCUCCUUUCGUCCAUGAUCUCCUCGACUAUGGUGAAGAGACGAUUCGUUUGGGUUUAUGCGGCAAUCCAAUUUGCUUUGGUGGUUAUCUUUGCUCACAUUUUUUACUCAGUGGUUGGAGUGCAAGCUGUGCUGUCAAUCCUGCUGGCAACAUUUGCUGGGUCUGGAGUAUCAAUGAGUGCAAGUUCGAUCAUAAUCGAGUUCUUGAGAUGGAGAAGAAGAUGGCGGCGGAAUAGAGGAUCAGAACAACAGCUUGGGAACAAUCUGAUAGCAGGAAGAGUUCCAAUACCCGUGAAUUCAUCUGCAGUAGGCCCUCCUGCUGCUGAUGCAAGGGAAGGAAACCGCCAUACAAUAAAUGAUGUAGAAAACCCAUAAACCAGCAAAAGUAAGAGUCUGUAAGUCUGUAUUAUAUGAGAAGAUAGGAGCAAGUUUUCCUUUUUUACCUUUCUUUUCUCGGAAAUAUAGAAUGAUUAGAUUUGUAGAGCUUCACUCAGGCUCUAAAGGUGGCCCAUUUUGGUCAGAUGUGGUGGGGUGACAGCUGCAGCUGGCCAGCCAGCAAAAGGAAUGAAUGAAUGUAAGAAAGAAAGAAAGGCAGAAUGAUGAUGUUUGUUGUGAAGUGAGAAGAGUGGAUAGUUGAGUGUCCACCUCUCAAUGUGAGUAGUAAUUAUUACAUUUGGAUUGAAGUUGAAACUUGUGCCUUCCAAUAUAUGUGAUAUAUAUGCAAAUACAAAAGAAAGAACAGCACAUUUGCCCAUUUCUUCUGUUCUUGUGUGC